AUGAGUGAUGCAGAAAGCUUCAUAUCCAUUGACAAUAACAACAACGAUGAAACGGCUGUAAGCGAAGGGAAGAACAAGACGAAUUUGGACAAUUUUUUGGAUUAUGACAUGGGGUUAAUCAAGGAGGAAGAAAAGUACAAAUAUAUCGGAGCUGAUAUAGCACAGAGGCAUGAUUAUUUUUAUAUUAAAAAUGGGAAUGUAGGAUUUUUGGAUGGAAAUAAUGUGAAAUAUAACAACAUAGCUCUGAAUAAUAGAAAAAAAGAACACACAGAUAUUUUUAUGAAAAUAAAGAAGGAGUUGUAUUCCAUAGCAUAUAAAAAUUAUAAGAACAAAAUGGUCGCAGUGUGUGGCUCAAACAAUUCGAAAGAAGUAGAAAUGGGUACAAGUAGGACAUCUGUGGGUGCAUCAGACUGUGAUAAUUCAAAAAUGAAUGGAGAAGAAGAAGUAGAAGAAGAAGAAGAAGAGGGGGGUGGCGAAGAAACUGUAACUGGAACUGUAACUGGAACUGUAACUGGAACACCAACUGAUAAGAACGCAAAACAUAAAGACAAAAGCAAGAAGGCGUAUGAUUUGCUAAACAACGAAUUGAGUGCAGUGUUAGGAAACAAAAUUGAAGACACAUACAACGAAAUAAAAAGUAGCGUUAAUUGGCUGGGGAAUUUUUUCACAAAUAAUGAACAAAGUGAUGAAAAGAAAAAAAUUAGCAUUUUUUACAGUGAUUUAUAUUUUCUUAGUGAUAUAACCAUUCUACGUUUUUUGGAUACUUAUGAUUACAACUUGUUAAAAACAUACAAUAAAAUUAUUAAAUUUAUUUUAUGGAGACAAAUGACAGUUUCAAUUUUUAAUAAGAAUGAGUGGAAAAUAAAAAAUGGAAAAAAUUCGAUGGAAAAAUCUAAACAGAAGGAAGAAAACAUAUCCAAGAGUAAUAUCAACCCGAAUAAUUGCACAGGGGAUCGAAACAAUGCUUUUAUUAAUCCAUUGUAUAUUAAAGACAUUUUAAUGAAAACUAAUAUUUUCAGGUGUGGAUUUGAUUUGAAAUGUAGACCAAUUCUUUAUAUAAAAAUACAAGAAAAAUUAAAUAUGCAAGAGGAUGAAUUGUUUCUACUUCUCGUUUAUCAUGUUGAUAUGUGCAUGAACAGCAUUGAUCAUAGAAUAUGUUAUGAAGAAAAUAGUGCAACGAAUGAUGGUCAUAGUAGCUACCAUAGUGGAAAUGGAAAAAUGGAUGUGAGAAACAAAAAAAAAUUUGACGAAUCUAUUUUACAACUUGUUGUAGUUGUGGAUUGCCAAAAAUUUGAAUUAAAUAACAUGAUCAGUGUCGAUUGCAUAAAAAAAAUUAUUAACAUUUUUAACGAAUUCUAUACAGAUGUUUUAUACAGAAUUUAUAUAAUAAAUGUCCCUACCUUUUUUAAAAAAGUAUGGUCCCUUUUUAACAUGUUUAUAGAUAAUCAUACAUUGAAAAAAAUUAUUUUCAUAAAUAAAAAAAAUAUCAAUUUGAUGUAUGAUCACAUUGACAAAACUGUCAUGAAGCACUUUGAUAAAAAUGCUGAGAAGGAAAAGUGCGAACAUUCCUCCAUGUUCUUUCCUUCCAAUUCCUUGUAUUACAAGUAUGACGAAUUGUAUUAUGGCAAGUUACUCAGCUAUGUAAACCUUUGGGUGCAGAAAAUGGUGCAGGUGAACCAUGAACAUGCGGAACGUUACGCAGGGCAGGGCAGCAGCUAG